AUCAGCCAGAAAAGAGAGGAAAAAAAGAAAAGAAAAAAAAAGAAAGGCCUUCAAAGUCCCAAACUCAUCCUCCGCUUCUUCCUUAGAUCUCCUCCGCCCGCGAUCCCCGUCCCUACUGUCGCCGGCGCUCCUCCCAGCAGUUGGCCCCGCCCUCCGUCCUCGCCUCCCCUGCCGCGAUCGCUGCUCCAGUUCGAGCCACCAGCUCACGCGGUCGCAGGCAAGCUUGUGAUCGGCUUCUUGUUUCACCGUGGACACAUGACGGUUAGAUUUUUAGCUUCAACCCCCGGAACAUGAUAUUGAUAGCGGUCUCUUGAAGGCUUACAUUGCCCUGUAAUUGGAUUGGUCGAUCUGAUUCGAAGCACAACAACUACCUUACUACGGCAUCUCACUCAACUAAAGGAAAUGAGCCAGGGAUUUUGGAUGCCCAAAGGGGGUGGCGAUUCAAAUGAUGGCGAGAUGGCUUAUGAUAGUACUUCCAGAGUGGAAGCAAAGCGCUCUCAUCAGUGGUUCAUGGAUGGUUCUGAGUCAGAUCUUCUCCCCAGCAAGAAGCAGGCACUAGAACUUACGAGCAACAACUCAUUUUUAGAAUUGUUAAAUAGUAAUCCAUCCCAAUGGGGCGCUGCUUCUGGCUUUCAAACUGCCUCUGGUCAUCUUGGUGAACAGUUAUUUGAUGCUGAGUCUGCAAGAAUGGUUAACUAUGAUGAGAGAGGCAUUCCGUCAAUUGGUGCUGGGAAAAUGAAUAUGGCCAUGGGGAGGAAGAUUCAUGAGGAUCUUCUUCUCAGUGAUUCCUCAUUUGGUUUAUCAAUGUCGCAUGUGUCAGAAGAUCCUGCAUCAGGUCUGAAUUAUGGUGGCGCUAGAAAAGUUAAAGUCAGCCAGGUUAAGGGCCCCGAGCACGUCAUUCCUGUAUCCAUGGGACAUGGCUACAACAAAAUGGAGAGCAAUCACUUGUUUAUGCCUCAUGCAUUUGUAAGGAAUGAUGAAAAUCCCAUAUCAUUGGCUCUCCCUUCGGGCUUAGGAGCUGGGGAUGACAGCAUUAUAUCAUUGGGCAAUACAAAUGGGGGAGAUAACAGUGGCAUAUCAAUGGGAAAACCUCAUGGAGUUGAAGAUGAGAGUGCAUCUAUAGGACAAACAUACCGAGAGGAUGAAAAUAGUGUGUCUAUUGGUCAUGUGAUAGGCAAGGAAUGCAACAAUAUCAUGUCCAUAGGUCAAGGUUACCAAUCAGAUGGUUGUACAAUGUCGAUGAAUCAUAUGUAUAACAAGGAAGGGAAUAGCAGUUCAGUUUCUGUUGGUAACAGUUAUGAGAAGAGCGAAAAUAUAAUGAGUCACUCUUUUGGUAAAGGACAAAGUACCAUUAUAUCCUUUGGUGGUGGUGAUGACGACACCAACUCCUCGAGCAGGCUCGUUUAUAAUUAUGAGAUGUUGAUGGGCCAAGCUUCUUUACAAAUGCCAGAUGCAAUUGGAAACAUGGGUUUGGUUGGGUCUAAUGGUGAUGCCCAGGUCAUUUUAUCUGGAGCCGGCAGUAACUCCAAGAAGAAAGAGGAGCAUAAUAUCAAUAAGAAAUCUCCUUCAAACAACUUCCCCUCAAACGUCCGCAGCUUGCUAUCAACAGGCAUUUUAGAUGGAGUUCAUGUGAAGUACAUAGCUUGGUCUCGGGAGAAGGAGCUCCGUGGCAUUAUAAGAGGUUGUGGAUAUUUAUGUGGCUGUGCAUCAUGUAAUUACACUAAGGUAAUAAAUGCGUAUGAGUUUGAACGCCACGCUGGUUGCAAAACUAAACACCCGAAUAACCACAUAUACUUUGAGAAUGGGAAAACCAUCUACGGGACGGUCCAAGAGCUCAGGAGCACUCCUCAGCAUAUGCUGUUUGAGGUUAUGCAAACAAUAACGGGUUCACCAAUCAAUCAGAAGUCCUUUCGACUUUGGAAAGAAUCAUACCUAGCUGCAACUCGAGAGCUGCAACGCAUAUAUGGGAAAGAUGAUGGGAAAGUAUUAUCAUAACUGCUUUUGCUAUGUUCAGGUGACGAUAGAUAUGACUUGCCCCUGUCCUUGACAGCAAGCGUAUAUGAAAUCAAAUACCAAUAUGACUGUUAGUACUAUAAUUAAAUGAGGUGACAACGAUUCAGCUCCUCCAAAUUAGAUGUGUCCAUGAAGAUUGGUGGCUCGUGCCAAUAUUUUGGCGAGAUAAAUGGAACAUGACAAAAUCUCAUGACAGUGGAGUUGUUGCUUUGGUAGAUCUAGGUAGCUCAUCAUUGGGUUAUACAGCUUGUAUGCCUUCCAUCAUUAAUUCAUUUUACUUUCCUUUUUCUUAUCGGCGAUAGAUAUAACAAAUGAGUACCAAGUUGUACUAUCUAAGUACAAAUCUUGAUUGGGUCAAAUGAUGAUCAACAAACUGGCAAGUAUGAUCAACAAGUGGCUCUGCACCGUCACUUCUGAGUGAUAAAAUCUUUGCAUGGAA